UUUCUGUGAUUAAUUUUAUUUAUUCUAAAAUUUCAUACACGCUUGUUAUUCUUAUAAUUAGAUAAUUAGGUCCAGGUGGCUGCAAGCCUAACCACAAGUUGCAAGAUCAAAGACUUUCCUGGGCCUAAUGGCGAAUAGUGGGAGAAGGAUUUCAUCUCUCAAUGUCACCUAUGAAGAGCAGUAUAUGGGCAACUCCUGGGCUGCAAGGCAAGCUGGAGAUGAGGCGUGCACACCACUAGGUUAUGAGGACACAGCUGCUGUGCCUGCAGAUAUUUCAGUUGGGGGGGAGUUGUGUGGUCCGCUACCAGGAGACGAGCUCUGUGCCAACACACAACCGUACAAUACAUUAGGGUACAACGACAAUGAAGUGAAGGAACCAGACAAUUGCCUCCCAGAGCUCCUCCCUCCAUUAGGGUACCCUAAACCUCCGCAGAGUGUUGUGGAUUCUGGCUUUGAAGGGUGUUCAGGGAAUAAUGUUCUUUAUGUGCUCGAAGAUCGACUGAGACAUAAAGUGAAUGUGAGUAUAGAAGACUUCAGAGCAGAUCUUCAACAUGUCUUCUAUGAGGAGUUUGGUCUCUAUCGGCAAUCAAUGAUGGCCCGAGAGGAAGCAAGAAGCGACCAACCCAUGUGUGAAGAUGUAGAGAGAUCAUGUGACUCCGUGUGUACUAACCAAUCAAGUGUUGACUCUGGUGUGUCUGGUGGCCAUGGCGUAGAGCAAGAGGAGGGCACUGUCAUCAAUGAAUGUCUCAUCAAACUACAGAUGUGUGCUGCAACCAUAACUAGCAGCUUACAGAGAGCUGAAUACACUGUCACUAAUUAA